GGGAAUCGUUGAAGUGCAAUUAUUUAAACAAUUUCGAAUACAACAUGAAAGGCAUUUAUUAUCAUUGUAAUUUGAAAUAAUUUGAGGCAACUUUCAAUGUGUAAAUUAAGUUUUAAAUACAUUUUUAUAUGGUGAACCAAUGAGAGGAGUUGACAUUUAUUAAAUGUUUACGUUUACAGAGUUACAGUAAUUGAUAGAGAACAAUAGAGUGGUAUAGUCGUAUUAUAUUACUUCAACUUCUACGAUCGACUACUAAAACAAAUGCCGAAAUGGAGGUUCAAGAAUACAAACACGACCCUGAGUCAAAUUUCGAAUGUCUUGUUCAACAAGUUGAGGAGCAAUCCGAGUUUUGUGACGUCACAGUCACAAUGGGUGAUUGGAGAAAAAGAUUUCAUAGAUGUGUGCUUACAGCAAGUCUGCUAUUUCGGUCCAUAAUAGAAACACAAAUUGCGGACUCGAAAAUAGGCAACUAUGAUGGAAAAACUGACAGAAUACAGGAUACCGAAAUUGAGAUAAAGAUUAACAUGUCCCCUGAUAUUGUGGAGAUGGCAGUCAUGUUUAUGUAUGGAAAGAUUCCUGAGUUUACUAUCGCGAAUAUAGGUGACUUACUAGAAUUAGCAGAAUACCUCAAAAUA